AUGUGCUCUCAGGCUGGACGCGCCGGUCGUGCGUAUAAAAGAGUCCUAUCAGACGUCAGUGCUGAGCUCCAGCGACCUCCAGCCAUCGCGACAGGCCAAUCACGCGUGCCAAUUGCGCAGCGGGGCCCCAACGUCAAGGAAACAAGUGGCUUUCGCUUAUCGCUUAUCGGGCUGCAGUCUCCUCCAAAAAAUUUCCCAAGCCUUGCAGCGACACAACCACGACUCCAAAAUCCCCGUGGGUCCCCUCGUCGUCGCUGUCGCCAACCCGGGAAUCAUCACGAAGUCAUGGCGAUCCAGAAGAAGCACGGCAAAGGCCGUUUGGACAAGUGGUACAAGCUCGCCAAGGAGAAGGGUUACAGAGCUCGUGCUGCUUUCAAGCUCAUCCAGCUCAACAAGAAAUAUGGCUUCCUCGAGAAGAGCAAGGUCGUGCUCGAUCUUUGCGCCGCGCCCGGUUCGUGGUGUCAAGUAGCUGCAGAGACUAUGCCCAAAGACAGCAUCAUCAUCGGUGUCGAUCUUUCUCCCAUCAAGCCCAUCCCCAAGGUCAUCACCUUCCAGAGCGACAUUACCACCGAAAAGUGCCGCGCCACGAUCCGAACCCACUUGAAGACCUGGAAAGCCGACUGUGUCCUCCACGACGGUGCGCCCAACGUCGGUACCGCCUGGGUGCAGGAUUCGUUCAACCAAGCCGAGCUUGCGCUUCACUCUCUGAAGCUCGCCACCGAAUUCUUGAUCGAGGGCGGCGCCUUUGUCACCAAAGUUUUCCGAUCGAAAGAUUACAACUCUCUCCUCUGGGUUCUCAAGCAGCUGUUCACCAAGGUCGAAGCCACCAAGCCCCCUUCCUCGCGUAACGUCUCGGCCGAAAUUUUCGUUGUUUGCUUGGGUUACAAGGCGCCCAAGAAGCUCGAUCCCCGCUUGCUCGACCCCCGCACCGUCUUCGAAGAUGUCGCCGAUGCGGCUCCCAACAACGAGGCCAAGGUCUACAACCCCGAGAUCAAAAAGAGGAAGAGAGAUGGUUACGAGGAGGGUGAUUACACCCAGUACAAGGAGAUUGCCGCGAGCGAGUUCAUCCAGACUACCGAUCCGAUCGCCAUUCUUGGUCAAUACAACGCCUUGACCUUCAAGCAAGCGACAAACGGCGAUGUGGCCCUGGCGGCUUUGGACAAACUCCCCGAGACCACCGAAGAAAUCCGCACAUGCUGCGCCGAUUUGAAAGUUCUCGGGAGAAAAGAAUUCAAGCUCCUCUUGAAAUGGCGUUUGAAGGUCCGGGAGAUCUUUGGUUUCCCCACCAAGAAAUCAGCAAAGGCCAGCUUGGCCGACGAAGUGGCCGAGGUGGAACCGAUGGACGAGGAGAUGAGAAUCCAGGAGGAGCUCCAGAGAAUCGCCGACAAGGAGAAGGGCAAGAAGAAGAGGGAAAGGAGAAGCGCCAAUGAGGCCAAGACCAAGGAGAUUAUGCGCAUGCAAAUGCACAUGACGGCGCCUAUGGAUAUCGGCAUGGAGCAGGAGGGUCCAAGAGGUGAGGGCGAAAUCUUUAAGCUCAAGGCCGUUGACGAAAACGGUGCGCUGCGCAAGAUUGCCAAGGGCAAGAUGGUGGUUAUCAAGGAGGCCGAGCAGAAGAGGAGAGGAUUCGACUCUGGAAUCGGCUCCUCGGGGGAUACGGACGAUGAGAGCGACGAGGAUGGUGAUAGGUUGGAGAGGGAACUGGACGGUCUUUAUGAUCAGUAUCAAGAGCGCAAGUCGGCGGCUGAUGCGAAAUACCGGGCCAAGAAGGCGAGGAAAGAGCACGACGAUGAGGAGUGGGAGGGUGUCUCGGCUGACGAGAAGGGGAACAGUGAUGAUGAGAGCGAUUUGGAGAUGGAGAGCGGGUCAGAUUCGGAGGAUGAGGAUGAGAUGGAUGUUGAUGAGAAGCCGCUGAUAAGCGAUCUUGAUGGGAAGGGCAAGGGGAAGGAAGGGCUUUCGAAACGUGCGAACCGGUUCUUCGAAAAUGAGGUUUUUGCGGACAUUUUGGGUGAGAUGGAGGAGGAAGGGGAUGGAGAAGAGGAGGAGGUGCAAGUGCUGCAAGAUGAGGAGGCCGCUGAGUCAUCGGAUGACGAUAUUCCAAGCAUCGAGCAGCAAAAGAAGAUGCGCAAGGAGGCGGCUGCGGCUGCGAAGAAGGAGAAGGAUAAUACGUUUGAGAUUGUCAAGCGGCCAAUGGCGGAGGAGCAGGAUUCGGAUUCUGACUGGGAGGCGGUGGAGAAGAAGAAGAAGAAGGAUGCCAAGCCUGGUAUGUUUUCUUUUCACUCCCGUCUUGACAAUAUACUGAUGAGAAUUACAGACAUCGACAUCGUCACAGCAGAAGCCAUGACGCUCGCCCACCAGCUCGCCCGCGGCGAAAAGACGGUCCACGACGUCAUCGACGACGGCUACAACAAAUACGCCCUCAAAGACCGCGACGGCCUCCCAGACUGGUUCCUCGACGACGAGAAGAAGCAUGACAAGCCGCACAAGCCCAUCACCAAAGAAGCCGCGCAGGCGAUCAAGGAGAAGCUGAGGGCGUACAAUGCCAGACCGAUCAAGAAGGUGGCUGAGGCUAGGGCGAGGAAGAAGUUUAAGCAGGCGCAGAAGCUAGAGAAGCUGAAGAAGAAGGCGGAUAUGCUGAUGGGCGAUGAGGGGUUGAAUGAGAAGGAGAAGGCGAGCAGCAUCUCGAAGCUGAUUGCGCAGGCGAACAAGAAGAAGAGGAAGGCGCCGGUUAAGGUGGUGAAGGCUGCGGGUGCAAACAGAGGGUUGCAGGGGAGGCCGAAGGGGGUGAAGGGGAGGUAUAAGAUGGUUGAUCCUAGGAUGAAGAAGGAGAUGAGGGCGCUGAAGAGGGUGGCGAAGAAGAAGAAAUAG